AUGAACUGGUCGUUUGAGAACAAAGACGAGCACGCUCACGGCUAGAGGCCCCAGCCUAACAGGAGCAAACAAUCGCCCGCUGCCGAGCUGUGGCUGACGGGCGCACCGAAGCCACAUGAAUUCGACGGCCAGCUACCUGACCAGAAUGUCCAAUAUCCUUCCCUCGAUCGAGAGCUUUGCCAAAGGCACGGUCGCAACAGCCGCGGGCAUCGGCACGCUUGGUGUCGGAUUGUUGUUUUUCGGGCAGAACUAUCUCAUCUACCCGUCCGCCUUUCCACCUGGCUCGCGAACAGAGGUCCCGCUACCUAUCGAUUUCGGUCUGCCGUACCAAGAUCCAGAAUUGAUCACACCAGAUGGCGUGAGGCUGCGAUGCUAUCUGCUUUUGCAGCGGAAAGAUAUGUCGCACGUGGAUGCACCGCCUGUGGAUACGACGGAGGAAGAGACCGAUGAAGAGUUUGCCUCCCGCCGUCCUACUGUCAUGAUGUUCCACGGGAACGGUGGCAAUGUCGGACACCGCAUCCCACUCGCGAAGGUGUUCUACGUCAAGAUGCGUUGUAACGUCUUCAUGCUAUCAUAUCGAGGGUACGGCCGAUCUGAGGGAAGCCCGUCAGAGAAGGGUAUCAAAAUGGAUGCACAAACUGCACUGGAGUUUAUUCUCUCCCACCCAGUGCUAUCACGAUCGCCAAUCGUCCUUUACGGCCAAUCCAUAGGCGGCGCCGUGGCCAUCGACCUCGCCAGCCGGAACCCACGCGCCAUCCGCGCGCUCAUCCUCGAAAACACCUUCCUCUCCCUCCCACGGCUCGUACCGACCGCCUUCCCGAUCCUCGGCCCGCUCUCCUUCCUCUGCCACCAAAAGUGGGACAGCGUGUCCAAGGUGCCGCUUAUUCCGCGCGAGAUGCCGAUCCUGAUGCUCAGCGGCGUGUGCGACGAGGUCGUGCCCCGUGAGCAUAUGCAGGCACUCUGGGAGAUCGUGCAGCGCCGGGCGGGCGGCGGCUCGCGAAAGGGCGAGGAGAGCGAGAAGGACGGGCGGAAGGUGUAUAAUGUGGUUGGUGGGAGUGGCAUGUCGAGGUUUGUGGAGUUUGAGAGGGGGACGCAUAACGAUACGUGCGUCCAGAAGGGAUACUGGACGACCGUUGCAGAGUUCCUCGCGAGCUUGGAUGACUGGCCAUCCCCUGCAUCGUCCUCGUCAUCGUCAUCGUCAUCAUCCUCACUAUGAGCGCCUUACACCUUUUCCGUCCUACGAACAUUUCACGCCUACACUAGCUCGAGAUCGACGUCGUUAAGCAGGGCAGAGAUACUACAUCCUUGUUCUGUCUUCCGUUUGUACCUUCCCUUUUGGCCCCUCGUUUGUCGGAGAUUUGUUGUACAUCAGGAUACCACACGGUGUGUCUUCUAUGGGUUAUAGUUAUAGUUAUAGUUAGACCUUGAUGCGAUCAUGUGCGAUUGCGGUCUUUGAAGGGAAAGUGGUCUGCUUCCCGGCCCUGGCAUCUUCACUGCAGCUUUCAGUAUCCCGCUGGGACGUCCCACUUAACGGCGCCGUCAUCGACGCACGUUUGAUUGCAUGGUUUUGUCUUUCUCUAUAUAUAAUCUCCUUACGUGCUCCAUGCAUGCAUAUAGCUGCC